AUGGCUGAUACUGGAGUCGUCCUCUCUUUCCCUGCCAUUCUCCGCAACCUGGGACUUAAGGACCGGUAUGCGUACCUUCAUGCCGCUCCAGGCACCUCAGGGACCCCACCCAAGAGCCAAUCGCAGGUGCUCAAGAAGCAACGUCGGAACCAGAAUGAAGGGAAGCGCUGGGUGCGCCGCAACGAUAAUGCUCGUUUUGUUGGAAACCCCCACAUCGUAGCUGCCACCAAGCGUGACUAUGCUCUAUUGCCUGCUCAGACACACCCUACGUUUCCGGAACCUCUACCGCCAUAUCUCCCUCGCACUCUCAGGGUGCCAGCUGCUUCAAUUCCAACGACAGACCCUGCCUCUGCCAAUGCUGGGCGCUUCUCUGUCAGCCUCAAGGGUAUGCGACGCGAUCUACGUCGCGCAGGAGGAAGAGCCGAGGCUCUCGUUCGCGAUGUAGAGUCGGAAAUCGUACAAUGGUUGGCCACAGGAGGCACGGUGCUGUCUCCAGACACUCAGAACCAGUGUAGUGAGGCCCACUCACAAGCAUCUGAAACACCCGUUGGGAACUCUGGGACUAUCGCCGAGGUGUCUAGGACACCCCUGCAGCUCAUCUGGCGAAUAGCUGACGAUUCAUUUGCAAGGUACGUUGUGCACUGUUGUGCACGUUUUCACGAGGUUGUCAGUUUCAGCAAAGGAACAGACGAAAGUCGUCUUACUUACCUUCUUCGUCCCAACGUUACUCGCCCAGAUCGACGAAUGCCGGCUGGCCUCGAUACACCACCUGUAACCGAUCUCGAUUAUUCUUCAAAUCCGGACACGGACAUAGACUCAGAUUUCAUUUCGGAAAGAGAACUAGAAUCCGACGUCGAAGCAGAUCACUGUACAACCACAAACAACACGCUUGCAAUCAUCGUCGAAACCCCUGGUCCUGACUCUCCUACCCUCCAGCCUGUACAGGAGGAUCCAUGGUCACUCGUUGACGAGGCGGCAGGCGGUGAAUCAGACGCCGACGAAUUCGAUUCGGGAUCCGAACUUGGCAGUGUGCUUGGUGCGAGUGUCGAUGCUCUAGAACCUCAAUUACGGACACUCUUUCUGCAUUCGGAGGCCGCCAAUCCAGCGUCUAUUGAAGAAUCAACCACACUCCCAAAUCACCCCAUAGAGGAGGCAGAGGACGACCCCGACCAAAUGAUGACCGAAAUACGUCCAAAUGCUCUCUAUGGCGCGGCGUCUCCUCGACGCCGAGAAUGGGCCUCUGCUCGCUCGCCUUCUUCCCCAUCUCGCUCGCCUGUGCGGCCUCGCCCACCUCGACGUCGUGCAGGUGCCAAGAAACGAGCGGUAAUUGGGUUGCAGAACGGCAGGAGCUUCUACGACUACCUCUUCCUGUAA